GGUCUGCCAGCAUCUGACAUGACAAAUUGUUGCGCGUAAAUUAAAUUUAAAAAAAGUCGAAUAGACGUGACAAAACUAGUCCCGUUCCCUUGUGAAAAAGCGAUCCAAUCCGGCCAGCAUGCGCAGACAUCUCGCCACCAGCCAACUCUUGAAGAUAUUUGUUGUAUAAAGCCUUGCGAAUCUUGUAUUUAACAGUGGCAAAGAGAAAGGCCAGGAUACAGAACAGCAAGCACAACAGCGUAUUUCGCACUAUUGCCACACUGGUUUCAAGUAUACCAGCGCAUUCCAUAUACUCUCAAGUUCUUGUUGAGCGGGUAAUGCUUUAAGCGCAUUCGGUUGACGUACUGAGGGAAACGCAUGUCCACUCAGGGGGGGGGGGUGUUGACAGUGCUGGCUUGGAGUGCAACUCUGUGAGAUGCAGCAAGACCAUGAUCAGGUCGAGCAGCUUGUCAAAAUUGGGAGUGGUAUGUUUGAUAUUCAGCUCGCGAAGGCCAAUGAAGCAGAAAAGUUCUGCAAAAUUAGCCAAAAAAAGGUUGGGCUUGAUAGGAAUCUCCAUAUGAAACCUAUUCAGGCUCGGAGAAAUACUGUGAAGAAGCUGGAAGAAAUUGGCCGCCAAGUUCACUGGAUUAUUACCAAAGAUAUUGGUGUGGAUGAUUUCCACCUUUCUGCUGCCAUUUGCACAACAGCGCUUGAGUGCAUCGAGCACAAUCAAGUUCAACCUAAUACAAACUUGGCUCGCAAUCCGGCUGCAGGCGCCAAUGCACAGAUAGUAAUGGCUCAGGAACACAAUUCCAUUGGGAAAAGCAGGCAAAGGCCCAGCCUCAGAAUAUCCUUCAACGUGCAGCCUGCGCAAGCAUGGGUACGACGGCAGAUUGCCGCGUGCAUCCACAACCAUCCCAGCCAAAUCAAACUCAUUUAUCAAAUAAAUCGCCACGUCCUCCAGCGUCAACGCCUUAUACUGAACGAGUUGAAAAAAAACGACUCCUGUUCGUCAUCCAACUUUAAACAGACGUAUGUCAGAUACCGUUGUUACCAGAAACAAGGGCGCUCGGGAUACCAGUGUCCUUACUGCGGAAUCCCACACCCUCAAUUCCCUUGAGGCGUCAGCAUCUUGCGACCAAGCACAUCUAAAAGCAGCUCAUGUCGGCAAGCCCAACUCUAUCAUCGCCAAAGUUGUGCAAAUGCAUGUGUUUGGCAAACUGAAGCGCACAUGUUCAGAUUUGACACCGUCCUUGAUCCCAACAUAAUCAAAACUGGCUCGACAAUUUGGACAUUCAGGUAAACAGCUCCUGGAGAUAAUUCUUGCUGAGAUGUUAAUAACCAGCAGCCACUGGUUAUUUCCUUCAUGUCUAUGUCCCAGUAGGCUUUUUGGCAAAUCAGCAAAAACGGAGCUACAUUUUUCCCGAGUCGGAAGAAUAAUCGACCUUCAGGUGGCGGAAGUCGUAAUAUUCACUCUGGGUGUAUUAGGCAAUAUCCCGAAUUACGUAAAGCGGUAAAGUCUGAAAGGUGAGUGUUUGGCAGACAUUGUAAGAUGCAUUCAAACGAAAUUAUGUGAAAUUGAGUUUAAAAAUAAAUAAAUGAAGAAAAA